AUGUCCGACAAUAUUUUGAGAGAUAGGUUGGGUCCUGAAAAGUUUGCCAAAGCCCUUGAGUUUUAUGAUGCUGAUCAGGAGUUGACGCAAGAGGAUAGAGUACAGAUACGCGAUGAUUUGAAGGAGGUUUUAGUUGGCGAUAAUCUUGCUAGUUAUGGGUCCGGGUUAAUCGGGUUUCUCAUGCCAACUCUAUAUAUGAGGUUUUUCAGAAAGGGCCUGGUCAAUGGCAAAUCGUUUUUCCAGAAACCGGUGUUGUCGGGGGCCAUUGGGUUGGCCAAUAUGAUGGUGACCCAUCGGGUAUACUCCCAGAAGUUGUUUAAUGAGAAAAUGAACCUGGGGCUACCGCAACGGCAGUUGAAUGUGUGGAAGGCGAUGGAACAGCGGCUGUUGGGGGUGUACAUGUUUUAUUAUGCCAAAACGGCCCAAGACCCUAAGUUUAAGUUGGAGGAUCCAAGAGAGUACACGGAGGAGAACCGGCUCAAAGUAAGGUUUGAUCCGGAAAAGUAUAGGGAGGGACAUCCCCAAGAGUUGUCUACGUGGGAUAGGAUCCGUCUCUCCAAUGGGUAUGACAUAACUGAAGAAAAAAAAACCGCCUGGGACGAUAUUAGGAGUAAGUAG